CAAGCGCAUACACACUGCAAACAAGUCAACCGAGGAAGAAAAGUUUUCCAAGGGUUUGUUUUCAACAUUCCUCCGCACAAGAAGUUCUAACAUAAAAUCGUGAAGUGUAAUAGAUUGGCCCGUCGCAAUCCAUUUCAAAAUGAACCAAACUACAUAGUGAUCUUUCAGAAUAGUGCUGAGCAAGGCUCACAGUUGCAGUCGGUCGAAAAUUGCUAGUGGAUCCGAGUGAUUUCGGAAUAAGAUGUGAAAAACGCAUUAAAAGGGGCAGAGCCUUUCGGAUAUACAUAUAUAUUUUUUCUUCAUCGGCAUUUCUCCCCCGUCUUGUAUUAACUAGCAACAUUUACGGCACUCUGGAACGUCGUCACCUCUCUUCUUGUUGCUAUUUUUCCGCAUUGGUGGUUUUCCACUUCGCGAUACGUAAUCCAGUGAACGGGAGAGCAAAGGAUGAGGUCCUUCCUGUUUCAGGGAAUAAAAUCUAUAUUUCUGGAUACUUGCUUACUAGUGAUACAGUGAAAACCGGUGCGUACGAAGAACGACUUAGUCGGGAAUGGUAUAGGGGAGGAGACGUAGUUUCCUGGUGAAACGAGAACAAAAAUUCUAAAUACGAAAAAGUGAUAUCUGCGUGUAAUUUAAGUGCUCCUGGAGGUAAAAAAUAUAAGGUAGUGUAUGUGUGCAUGCAAUGAAAGAUUUGUGUUAUAAAAUAAGCAUGAAUGAUGGAGAAACUGUGAAAUAACUCAGUGCUUUCAAUGAAGUGAUUGAUAAAAAAAAUCAAUUGUGUAGUAUCAGCAACAAACAAAUGCAUGCAAUUAUAAGGUCGCGCGUCCAGAAAACCAUUACAUUGCGGGUUUUCGCAUGCUAAGUAGGCAAACUGUGCAAGAACCGAAAAAAACGUGCAGUAUUUCGGAAACACCACUCUCCCAAGCAAAACAAUGCCACGAAACGGCGAAGCUUCCGGACUGGAUAAGAGUUUCAGCGGGAAACCGACACCGGACUGGCUCCAUCCGGACCAUGUCAUCAUGAACGAAGGUGUCACGUUCGAUGUGCGGUACAUCGGCUGUCUGGAGAUAAAGGCAUCAAUGAAAAUGUUAGAUUUCGCCACACGAUCACAGGUAGCAAAAGAGUGCAUCAAUCGGGUAUGCGAGGCAGCCAGUCUCAAAUCCUCCAACAAGCGGCGCGUGGAUAAACGAGUAUUGCAGUGUAUAUCGGAUUCCCCAGAUAUGGAACAUGCGGGAACCAACGUCAUCCUGACCGUGUCCAGCAAGUACCUGUCGCUAGUGAGUGUAGAAACGGAGGAUGUGAUCGCCCAGCACGAUAUGCCUAAGAUAUCAUUCGCUUCCGGGGGUGACACGGACACGCUAGAUUUUGUGGCAUACGUUGCCAAAGAUAUGGAGGAAUGGCGGGCGUGUUAUGUGUUGGAAUGUGGCGGCGGAGUUGCCCAAGAUCUGAUAGCAACAAUCGGGCAGGCUUUCGAGUUGCGUUACAAAGAAUUCUUCAACAAGCCGGAAACUCAAAACAAAUUCCGUGAGUUUAUCAAGACCGAUAAGGAGUACUACAAUGAUCUGCCGGACAAAAUGCCGCCCGAUUUGCUCACGGAAAAUGACCAUUCCUCGCAGUCACACAGUUCCUCUAGUGUCAGGACAAGGGAAAGGAUAUCCAGCAAUUUGAUAGAUCUGAACACACCACUUCCCAAUCACGACUACGUAAACGAUAAACAUUCUAAUACCAACUCGCACAGCAAUAAGUCGAUAUCUUCCAGUUCCAUUGUGAAGGAUGUGUUUGAUAUGCAACCAUUUACAAUCUCAUCCGAAAUCCAGAAAUCUCAGCUGCUUACCGAAUCAUGGUAUCACGGCAAUAUUAGCAGGGCGCAGAGCGAACACUUGCUGAAAAAUGAUGGCGACUUUCUGGUGCGGGAAUCGGCAGGAACGCCCGGCCAGUACGUUUUGACAGGAAUGCAAAACAAUUCGCCCAAACAUCUACUGCUCAUCGAUCCGGAAGGGAUAGUGCGAACCAAAGAUAGGAUUUUUGAGAGUAUCAGUCACUUGAUCAAUUACCACUGGACGAACGCGUUGCCGAUAAUCUCUGCCGAGAGUGCACUCCUUCUGCGGCAUCCCAUUCUUCGAACUACGGAUCUCCUCUCGAAGGCAAAACAGCAACAGCAGCACUUGGGACUCAACUGAGGGUGCGAGUGCCAGUGCUGCUCACACGGUGGCCAUUCUCCGGAACGAAACGUGCAAAGACAACAGCAUGGCUGCGGUGCUAGCAGUAGUGGCGGUUUCAAACAAGGGAAAAAAUAACUUGUAUGUAUUAUGUAAAAAGUAAGCACAAACAAAGAACUGUAGAGAGAAACUUUAUAAAUUUAUAAUAUACAUAAACCUUUAGACACAAACUAAAACCGUGAGAAGGUAUCAAGUGGCGUGUGAACGGGGCAGGAAACAUCUAAAUCAUAUAUUCCACUCUAAUCUGACGGAUGCAUGUUGUACAUUGAACGAACGAAUAACAUUUCGAAAGGAAUACCAAGAGAUUAACAAGUUUAUAUAAGAAUAACACAUAUUCUACCACAAGCAGGUGUAUGAAAUCAACAAAUUGAUGAAAUUAUUAGAAGUUAGUAGAUUUCUUCUAUGACGAACAAACAUUUACCAUUAACGGAGGCAAACCACAGAAAAGUAGAAGUUAUAUAUUGUUAUCAAUUCAAAUGCUGUUGGUUGUAAAGAAAUAUGAAAACAAAGAAGAAAAGAUGUUUAUUUUCUGAUCGUCAUUUUUUACUACUCUCCUUUACUUACAACAGUGACAAAACAUAACAUGCAACAAAUUUUAUGAAUAAACUUUAUCAUUCAACUUAAAACAAAACAAACCGAUAUAUGUAGAUCCAAGCUAACAAUAAUCUCAAUCACCACGAAUUACAAGCUGGUAUAUAUAAAUUACGUCAUUCCCACAUAGUCCCCCUUGGAGCAAGCAUCUGACUGAGUGAUUCGAUUGUUUACUAAAACUGUUACCAGUAUGAUGCAUCUUAUGUACUGUUAACUGAUCACUGAAUAAUAAUAAUAUACAGUUUUCACUCGAAAUACAACCAGUGAUAACGCUAGUAAUUAUUACCGUAUUAUUUGACAAGCAAAACAUUACCACUAAAAAGUUGAAAACUACAAGAAAUGCAACAUUUAUCAAGUUACUACAUGAAAAAAGCAACAGGAGAACACAAAUACUUGAAUAAAUAGGUAAAACUCA